GCAACAGCCCGCCAUGCCGCACACAAUAAUCAAAUUAUUGUUGUUGGUCGCCGGAGUAACUCUGUGUGUUACACAGGAUACACAGGAUGUAAGGGAAGCAAGGUUAGUGCAGACCGCACAGGGGCCCGUGAGGGGAUAUAAGAAGGAUGAUAUCUUCUAUUUUUACGGGAUCCCGUAUGCCACGGCGCCUACUGGAAUGCGCAGAUUCACCGCACCGCUUCCAGGACCAGUAUGGAUGAACCCCCUUGAAGCUGUCAAUAAUAUGAUAAUUUGUCCACAAGGCAGCUCUCUAAAUGAUUCAAUGCUAAGGAUAUCUCGUCAGGAUAUGCGAGAAGACUGUCUCGUGGCAAACAUCUAUAUGCCCGAUACAGAGGAGACUAAUCUUCCUGUCGUGGUCUAUGUCCAUGGAGGAGGUUACCAACUAGGAUUCGGAAACUUUGGUGACCCAAGCCCAUUAGUGCGCACCAAAAAAGUUAUAGCUGUCACUUUCAACUAUCGCUUAGGAGUGCACGGUUUCCUCUGUCUGGGCACAGAAAAUGCUCCGGGUAACGCUGGAAUGAAAGACCAAGUCGCGCUGCUUCGAUGGGUACAGAAGAACAUCGCUAACUUUGGGGGAAAUCCCAAUGAAGUCACUAUUGCUGGGUACAGCGCUGGUUCGUCAGCAGUGGACCUCCUGAUGCUCUCAGAGAUGACCAAGGGUCUUUAUAAUAAAGUUAUACCCGAGAGCGGUGCAAGUGUCGCUGUAUGGAGCGUUGUACUUGAUCCUAUUCAGAAUGCAAAGGAUUUUGCUAAGCAGCUUAACUUCACUAACGUUGAUAAUAUCAAUAGUUUGGAAGAAUUCUACUCAACAUUGUCAUACGAGGAUUUGACGUCAGAUAUUUUCUUUACUACAGAGGAUUCAAAUUCUAUGUUUACACCUUGUAUUGAGCGUGAUACCGGUGUUGAAAAGUUCCUAGAUGAUGCUCCAGUUAACAUUUUAACACAAGGAAAAUACAGAAAAGUACCAGUCCUAUAUGGAUUUGCAAAUAUGGAAGGUUUAUUUCGGGUACCAUGGUUUGAGUUAUGGCAAGAAUCAAUGAAUGAAAGAUUUUCAGAUUUUUUGCCAGUUGACUUGCAGUUUGAAAACAACGAAGAAAAGGAGCGUAUUGCGAAAGCUAGUAAAGAGUUUUAUUUUGGUGACAAACGCAUAUCGGCUGAAACUGUUCAAGGGUUUAUCGAUUACUUCUCUGAUGUCUUAUUUACAUUUUCUCAUUUGAGAUCAGUUAAGUUGCAAGUGGAGGCUGGAAGUGAUUCAAUAUACCUGUAUGAAUAUUCGUUCUUCACGCCACAUCCCGAAUUCUUUCCAGAAUACGUGAAAAAUAUCACAGGGGCAACUCACACUGCCCAGACUGAUACGGUAUUGGAAUUCGAGUUCGUUGGUCCUGAUUCUGAUGAGUACAAGAGAAUGAAGAACAUAAUGGUCGAGCUCUGGGUGAACUUUAUUACUACGGGUAAGCCAGUACCUGAAGGAUCAGAUCUCCCUUCUUGGCCCCCAGUUGGCGCUAACAGGUCGCCCUAUAUGUCUCUAGGAGAAGAGAUAACGCUCAAUGGAAGCCCUCUCUUGGAGGAACGUACACUCUUUUGGGAGGACAUCUACGGUCGUUUCUACAGAUCUCCAUCAGCGCCAUCUUCUGCGAAUACACUGAAGCAAACUCUAACACAAUAUUUGUUACUAUCCUUCUGUAUAUUAAAUGUGAUUUUUACGUAA